CAUGGCAUGGAUGCACAUCAUUGAUGCGUCGGUCGGGACUAUUUCAUACAGAUCGCCCGCAAUCACAGCACCUCGGGUUUUCUCACUCGGACAGUACCUUUGUCAACAUACCCAACCAACGUAGACAGACGCCGCAAAUCGCAAAACCAACUUCACUUCCUCCCACCCGCAAUCGUGCUCGCAAAAACCAAGACCAUGUGGCUCUGGGACCUGCUCGCGGCGCUGGCGCUGUACGCGUGGAUUUUCCCGCAGCACCGAAACACCGUGAUCGCCGCGCUAGACGCCGAGAUCGACAGCCUCGACAAGGAGCACAAGUCAUUCGCGGAGCAGCUUGAGGAGCACGGCGCCGCCGACGAGGGUCAGGACUUCUUCUCGCGCCGGUCCGACCUGACCAAGGAGUUCACGGCCACCCUGGCGCGCGUGGCCGGGUCCUGGCCGGCGCGCAAGGAGGUGCGCGAGGCCUACGUCGGGGACAUGGUCGCGCUCAACCGCGAGCUCCGGGGCCGCCUCGUCGAGCUGGGCGUCAUUCCGGCGCCCGAGGCUGAGGCUGUCACCAUGGUGGGGAACAAGGCUGAUGGAGGGGACGUCCGGCGACGCCACGUUUGAUGCUCCUUUUUUUUCUUGCUUCGUAUUGUGCCGCCCUCAGCUCCGAAGGCAGCUGCCUGACGUGGUCCCGAGUCUAUGGUUAGGAAAGGAUAUACAUUGUUGCGUUUUGUCUUUCUCUAGAGUUGAAAAACACAACACACGAUAACAAAAGAAAAUCAGAAAACAAAAACAAAACAGGUUCCGAUAAGCG